CUUGAAAUAUAUGCAGGAAUCCUCUGGUGUGCAUUGCAUGUACUAUUAAGCGAUCAUAAAUUAAAACCAAUCAGAAAGCAAACGAAACUUGUCCAAGAAAUUUCACGAGUGAAGGAAUUAUCUUUUAAUAGAGAAUAUAUUACAGUAGUUUUAUUUUAAUCAGUGUUUUUGUUCACGACUUAGUGUAUUUUAAGGUUAUAUUCUCUAUAUAUAUAAUAUAAAGAUGACAGCCCAAGAUAAUUACAGUAUACAAUUAGACCCAGAAACAAAAAUGCAUUGUACAUUGUAUUUAUUUAAAAAUGUAAAAAAUACUUCUGAAGUCAAAAAGAAAGUGAUCUCUGGGGAUCUUGCUUGCUGCUUCUUAAAACCUACAUGCAUAGUAGAUCCAUUUCAAAUAAUAAUAGCUGCCAACAAAGCGGCAAUUAAUGACAGUUGUAAUCAGUUAAUUACAAGGAAUAAAUUUACAGAGACUUUAUUUUAUCUUUCAAUGACUAAAAAUAUAUCCAAAUCACUGUCAGACUUUGGGAUAAGUGACAAUGACACAAAUAUAUUGGCUGUAGCGAUUCACAAAAUAGACGAGCAAGAAUCUAUUUCAAAAAUGAUUAUUGAUAAUAUAAAAGGAGAAAGAAUAUCGCUAGAAAAGCUGAAUGAAUUAAAUAAUUUAGAACUAGUACAAAAAUAUUAUAAAAUUGAUAAAGAGGAACUAAUUGUAUCUACUUAUACAGAUUUGAUAAUAUCAAGAAUUGCUUGCAAAGACUUUUCUUCAAUGAAAUCUUAACGUUGGAUUGAAAAUAAUUCACAUAAAAUAAAAAAAAAUAAUAUUAAAAAAAAAGAAAAAGGAAAUGCAGAAUGCAAAAUAUUUUUAUUCUUACCAAACCAAAUGAAUAUAUUUUAUUUUUUUAUUUUAUUCUUUCCAUAUUUGAGAAAACUAAAUAACUUUGUAUAAGAACACAAUAGAAUAAAUACAGAACCUAUCUUGAAUCACAGUUUAUAAUUUUUAACCGACUAAAGCAAAUAUUUUGUUUUUUUCGAACAUGAGUGAAUUUUUCAAUGAGGAAUUUAACUUAUACCAUAGCAUAUGAGAUAAG